AUGGCAACCAAGGCAUUCUGUCCCACUUUCUACGAUCCAGAGACCAAAAUCUGGAGGGGUGCCAAGAGGCGACCCUACUACGAUCCCAGAUGCUCCGUGGGUGAUGUGAUCCACACAACCCUCGGGAAUUUCCCCAACCAAGUUAUUCAGAUCAACAUUGAGGACGGUACAAAGGUAACAUGUUUGGAGAUACGUAAAUGGGGCGUACGGUUGGCCAUGUAUCUAAAAAAAGAGCAAAUAACGCAAACGGAUAUUGUUGGCCUAAUUUCCGAGACUAACAAUUAUGUGGUUGCUGUGGUCGUUGCCAGUUUCUUCAAUGCAACACCAUUCCAUGCGGUAAAUGUGACAAGGGACGCGAAGACCGUGCAGCGUCUCUACGAGGUUACCAAGCCAAAGAUCAUGUUCUGUGAUGGCUUCGACUACGAGCGCAUCAAGGAAAUCACCAAAGAGUGGGCACCCAAAAUUGUGCUCCUCAGCGGUCGCAUAGAGGGUGUGACGCAUAUUGAGGAUCUGCUGGUGCCCCAACCUGAGGAGAACAAAUAUCAACCCGCAGCAUUGGAUAAAGAUGGUAAUCAAACAGCAGCCAUUUUAUGCUCCUCGGGCACCUCUGGUCUGCCCAAGGCGGUGCACAUAUCCCACACGUAUAUUGCGAGGACUCCACCACUCUGCAAAAGCACAGAUAUUAUACUGACUCAUGCGACCGUCGAUUGGGCGACAGGUUUCAGCUGUAUCGUACUCAGUUUAUUUUAUUGCGCACCACGCCUGAUAUUCAAAGGCGACUACAAUGCGGAGAAAACGCUUAAAAUUAUUCAGGACUAUGAGGCAACCAUUGUUGCUUUGGCUCCAUGGCAGGCAUAUGAGUUGUUUACUCAUCCACUGGCAACCGAGAAGUCAUUGAAUAGUGUUAGCCUGGCCUUCAUCACGGGCGGAUGGAUAUCGUUGAAGGUGCUGCAACGUGCGCAGGAGCUGAUGAAACAAUGCAACAUAUUGUUCUCCUAUGGCAGCACCGAGACGGGCGGCAUAACGGGCAAUGUUGACCAAACUCUAAACAAUUCGGUGGGUCGUAUAUUUCCAGGACUGCGUGUCCGGAUUGUCAAUGACGAGGGCACCAAUUUGCAGCACAAUGAGGUUGGUGAGGUGCUAAUUGAUACUGGCUUCAAAUGGCAGGGUUAUGUAAACAAUGUUGCGGACACGGAAUCGACCAUGCAGGACGGUUGGAUUAAUUUGGGUGAUUUGGGUUAUUUUGACGACGACAACAAUUUGUAUUUGGUCGAUCGCAAGAAGGAUCUGCUCAAGUACAAGUCCAAGCACUAUUGGCCCAAUGAAAUCGAACAAGUCAUCAUCGAGCUGCCCGACGUCCUCAAUGUCUGUGUCGUGGGCGUUAAGGAUGAGAGACAUGGUGAUGCUGCCGGCGCUCUGAUCAUCAAGAAACCAGGAUCUGCCCUCACCAAACAGCAGGUUAUUGAUCAUGUGGCCAAGCGCGUUGUUGUCGAUUACAAGCAGCUGAACUCGGGCGUACAAUUUGUCGAUAUAUUGCCCCAGAAUCAGAAUGGUAAGGUGAUGAGAAGUGAGGCCAGGCAGCUCUUUGAGAAGAACAUGAACUAA